AUAAACAGAUAUACAAUGUCAAUGAGGAACAGAAGGUGCUGUAUUGUCUAUUUAAGACACAUCGUAGCCAAAAUUCAACAACUGAAAUCAAACUUGGUAAAGAUGAGGUUCGUUGUUGGUGUGGUAGUCCUGUUUGUGGCCAAUCUCCAUUAUGGAAUGGCAUCAUCUUCCUCAACAGGUGGCGCUGUGUAUACUCGUUGGGGUCGCAAAACGUGUCGUGACGGAGCGAAAUUAGUUUACAGCGGUUAUGCUGGGGGGUCUCAUUAUAACCACCAAGGUGGCGCUGUGGAACCAAUUUGUUUGCCAAGGGAUCCGGAGUGGGGACAUCAUCAUGGGAUGCAUUCAGCACGAGGUUUUGUCUACGGUGCGGAGUACGAGACUGUUAGUUUUAGCAAGACUUCACACGUCCACGAUCAGGAUGUACCAUGUGCGGUCUGUCUGGCUGUUGGCAAGAAAUCCGUUGUAGUUAUCCCAGCAAAGAAAACAUGCUACAAGGGCUGGAAAAAGGAAUACAGUGGAUAUUUAAUGUCUGGACAUUAUACCCACCCAGCCGCCUCCACCUACACCUGUGUGGAUGAACACCCCGAAGCCGUACAUGGGGGUAUAAAAAACGAGAAUGGAUACCUUUUCUAUCCAGUGGAAGCCCGCUGUGGUAGUCUGAAAUGUCCCCCUUUCAGAGAUGGAUGGGAGUUCCUUUGUGUUGUUUGUUCUAUUGCUUGAAGCCAAACUUUUCAUUAAAUAAAAAUAUUGCAGUUUAAA